UCUGCAGAAACAGCAGCCUCAGUAAGUUUAAGGAUGACUGAAGCUGUUUCCGCUCGCAGGGAGGUUUAAGAACUACGGAGGGAUGAAUGGAGUGAGAGCUAGCGCUGCAUUCCGAGCAGCCAUCCUAUUACAGCCCUGAACAAAAGCAGGAAUGGCAGGUCUAGCCUAGGUUAAUAAACCCUACGGAGUGCAUGCCUAAAAGCACCACGAAACAGCCUUAAGUCAGCUGAGAAAACUAAUUUCAAGCAUGGCUGUCUAGUGUGCCUGGCAUUCCUAUCAUCCCUCCAAACUAUUUCGGACAUUUUGAGCAGCGAGUACUAAGCGAUGAGUUAGCAGGGGUUGUGACAUUAAUGGUCCGAAAAGGUUUCGGCGGCGGCAGGGAACGAUGACAGCACUUAGCAAGCGGCGGCACUCCGGAGGAUUCCGCUGGAUCUGUGUUUGUUGAUAACUGGGCUUCGCCUCGGAGGAAGAUGUGAAGCUCUCGGAGGUCCUUCCAUCGUCCCACUGCAGCGAGCAGAGCCAGCACUGGGCAGCCCUCUAAAAUGUUUAUUUGGACCAGUGGCCGGGGAUCCACAUCUUACAGACACGAUGAGAAAAGAAAUAUUUACCAAAAAAUCAGGGAUCACGACCUGCUGGACAAAAGGAAAACAGUCACAGCCCUAAAAGCUGGAGAAGACAGGGCCAUCCUGCUGGGGCUGGCCAUGAUGGUGUGCUCUAUCAUGAUGUACUUCCUGCUGGGAAUCACCCUGCUGCGCUCCUACAUGCAAAGUGUCUGGACAGAAGAGACUCAGUGCUCGCUGCUCAAUGCAUCCAUCACAGAAACCUUUAACUGCUCAUUUAACUGCGGUCCAGAGUGCUGGAAAAUCUCUCAGUACCCCUGCCUGCAGGUGUAUGUUAAUCUCACCUCUUCUGGCCAGAAGCUUCUACUCUACCACACGGAGGAAACAAUGAAAAUUAAUUCUGAGUGUUCGUACAUCCCCAAGUGCGGGAAGAAUUACGAGGAAUCCAUGUCGCUGGUGAACGUGGUGAUGGAAAACUUCAGGAAGUACCAGCGCUUCUCCUGCUUCUACGACCCCGAGGGCGUCCAGAAGAACGUGAUCCUCACCAAACUGUACAGCUCCAACGUGCUGUUCCACUCGCUGUUCUGGCCCACCUGCAUGAUGCUCGGCGGGGUGGCCAUCGUGGCCAUGGUGAAGCUGACUCAGUACCUCUCCCUGCUCUGCGAGAGGAUCCAGAGGAUCAGCAGAUAGGAGAGGAGCCUCCUCCCGAGUUUAACUACAGCGAAAAUACUGUUCUUCUCAUUCUUCACCAAAGAACCUUAAGUUUGUAAUGUGCAAGUCUGGUAUAAGUUCCUUACUAUAUUCUUCUAAGUAGAGCAAUAAUGCAAAAGCUGUUCUAUAUGCAAACAUGAUGUUAUUAUUAUGCAGACGACUGAAGAAGUUACUGUCUUGUGUUGACCGUCUCUAUGAUCUUGUUUUGAGCUGGGAUUAGUACUUUCUUUUUCUACAGCCAAGAUAGGGCUCAGUGUGACCAUUGGCCAGGCUUUUUGAUGUUUCUGGUGUAAAAGAUUCUUGGGAAAUUCACUGCUGGACAAAGGGCAGCCGACCACUUGUGCAUCUCACACCUGGUUCAGUCCAUUUGAUGGAUCUGUGGCUUUGGCUUUUUUAAUAUUGGCUGCAGGGGCGAGGAGGAAAGCAUUGAUUAGUGGGUUUUUAUGGUAAGAUGGUACAAAAAGGAUGCAUUUUGAGGUCAGGAUAAGCAUACAGUAUUUUCAGCCUCAGUAGGACUUGGUGAUGCUCUGUGUUUGCUCCCUCAGUUCAGAAGUCAAUUGUACCCUAUGGUGUUUAUAAGGUGUUUUGGAAAACACUUUGGAGUUUUAUUUUGUGUAGUGCUAUAAUUUUCUUCUGUCUUAUCAACAUAACUUUUGUCACUUGCAGAAGCUGUAGCCAAAAAGCAAAAAACACCUUGUUCCAUUUUGUAUUCUAGUCUGAGCCCUAUUGAUGGAGGUGGGACCAGAACUCCUUAUGUAAAGGUUUAUUAUUCAUUUGUCUUGUAUUUGCUACCAUAUCACUGUAAAGAAAAAAAAAAUAACACUAUCAGCUAUUUUUUCA